AUGUUUUUCAUUUUUCUAUUCCGUUUUUCACUUAAUUUUAUAUCGACAAUAAUUAUUAUUAUAUUUGCAACACGUAUACGUUCGACUGUUCAACAACAACAAACCUACAAAAAACUUUUAUAUGAACAAAUUCGACAACAUAAACAUUUUAUUAUUUCUCCAUCUAUACUUGUUCUAAUUGGUGUACCACGUCUAAUUAUUUCGUUUUUAUUUGGAUGUAUGAAAACUGCUCGAAAUCCUUGGCUCUAUUUAAUUGGAUAUUUGAUGUCGUUCAUUCCGACAACGUUAACAUUCUUCUUAUUUAUUCUACCUUCGAAAAUGUAUAUGAAAGAAUUAAUUAAAGCAAUCAAACGCUUCUGA